CACAUUACUGGAGACUCAGAGGAUAUGUCUGCAAAAGAGAGAUUGCUGCUGUAGACACAGCAGGCAAUAGACGGUUAUGCUAGAAUACGGUGUGAAAAUUUCACUACUAGCUGGAGAGAUGGAAAACUAUUUAAUGCCAUCAUUCAUAAAUACAGGCCAGACCUGAUCGACAUGAAUACUGUUGCUGUUCAAAGCAACUUUGCAAAUUUAGAGCACGCUUUUUAUGUAGCAGAAAAAAUUGGUGUUAUAAGACUUCUGGAUCCUGAAGAUGUUGAUGUCUCCUCACCUGAUGAAAAGUCGGUAAUAACUUAUAUGUCAUCUCUCUAUGAUGCGUUUCCGAAAGUCCCUGAAGGCAGUGAAGGCAUUGGUGCAAAUGCUCUGCAAGGACAGAUUUCAAGUCAGCAGGUUGCUGUAGAAAAACUGAAAAAAAUGGCUGAAGUGCUUUUAGAUGCCAAGGGAUCUUUACUUCCAGCCAAGAAUGAUAUCCAGAAAACACUGGAUGACAUUGUUGGGAGAUAUGACGACGUGUCCAGGUAUGUCACUGAACGAAAUGAGAAACUCCAGAUAACCCUGACCUGCUCACUGAGUGUGCAGGAUGGCCUGGACGAAAUGCUGGACUGGAUGGGAAGCGUGGAGGGCUCUAUGAGAGAAACAGGUCAAGUGCCCUUAAAUUCUGCUGCUCUUCAGGAUGUGAUCAGUACACACGUUAUGCUGGAACAGGAUAUUGCAGGGCAUCAGAGCAGUAUAAAUGCCAUGAAUGAGAAAGUGAAGAAAUUUAUGGAAACGACAGAUCCGUCCACGGCAUCUUCAUUGCAGGUCAGAAAGAAGGACUUGUCUGUUCGUUUUUCAGAAGCAAGUCAUAAACACGAAGAAAUACUCACCAAAAUGUAGGACCUAAAAACCAAAGUUGAACUCUUUGAGAACCUCUCAGAAAAGCUCCAAAUAUUUUUAGAAACAAAAACUUAGGCUCUUCCUGAGGCAGCUGUGCCAGGAAAAGAUGUUACUGAAUUGCCUCAGUAUAUGCAGGAAUCAACUUCUGAGCUCUCAUCAGAACACAAAAAAGAUCUUGAAGUUUUACAUAGUCUCUUGAAGGAGAUUUCCAACCAUGGCUUGCCAGGUGAUAAGGCUCUGGUUUUUGAAAAAACAAAUAAUUUGUCGAAGAAAUUCAAGGAAAUGGAGGAUACCAUCAAAGAAAAGAAAGAAGCUGUGUCUUCUUGUCAAAAACAGAUGGAUGCUUUCCAAGUGCUUGUUAAGUCAUUCAAGUCAUGGAUAAAAGAAACCACAGAAUGUGUUCCCAUUGUUCAGCCUUCCUUUGGUACAGAGAACUUAGGAAAUUCUUUGGGAGAAACUAAGAAAUUACAAGAAGAGGGGAGUUUAAAAACACCAGAGAUUCAGAAAGUAAACAACAGUGGGAUCUCACUAUGUAACCUAAUAAGUGUGGUGACUACCCCUUCAAAGGCCAUAGCAGCAGUUAAAUCAGGUGGAGUAAUAUUAAAUGGUGAAGAAGCAGCCACAGAUACUCAGGAUAUUUUGGCAAAUAAAGGAUUAACAUCCAUUUAAAAGGAUAUGACUGACAUAAGCCACGGUUAUGAAGAUCUUGGCCUCUUACUUAAGGACAAAAUAGCUGAAUUGAAUGCUAAGCUCUCCAAACUGCAGACGGCUCAGGAAGAAUUGAGUGCAAUGAUGCAGUGGUUACAGAAGAUGAACAGAACUGCAGCACAGCUGGAUCAGGCACCUGCACCUACGGAUACUCAAGCCGUGAGGACUCAAGUUGAGCAAAAUAAGUCAUUUGAGGCAGAACUGAAGCAAAAUGUAAACAAAAUACAGGAGUUGAAAGACAAGUUGACAGAACUGUUGGAGGAGAACCCACAUACUCCUGAAGUCCCCAAGUGGAAACAGAUGCUGACAGAAAUAGAUUCUAAGUGGCAAGAACUCAGUCAAUUGACAGUUGACAGACAGCAAAAACUGGAAGAAUCCUCUAAUAAUCUAACCCAAUUCCAAACUGUAGAAGCUCAGUUAAAACAGUGGCUUGUAGAGAAAGAACUGAUGGUCAGUGUUCUUCGUGAACAUCCUUCUUUCCAUGGGGUUGUGAAAGAGCAACUGGCAGCUGUGACCCAAAAAUGGGAGAGCCUAACAGGACAAUUGAGUGACAGAUGUGCCUGGAUUGACGAAGCCAUUGUUAAAAGCGCCCAGUAUCAGAGUCUGCUGAGAAGGCUUUCUGGUAACCUGAGUGACCUGGAACAUGAACUCAGCAGCAGUGUGGCUAUGAGCACACACCCUGAUGCUAUGAACCAGCAGCUGGAAACCGCCCAAAAAAUGAAAAGGGAAAUAGAACAGGAAAUGAAGCAGAUAAAAGUGACCCAGACCCUCUGUGAGGAUUUGUCAGCACUGGUUAAAGAAGAGUACUUGUAGGCAGAGCUUAGAAGGCAUCAAAAAUCAUUUAAGGAUAUUGAAUGCAAAGUAGAGAGUCAUAUUCAGCACCUUCAGUCAGCCUGUGCGAGCUCUCAUCAAUUUCAGUGAAUGUCUCAAGAUUUUCAGGCUUGGUUGGAUACAAAGAAAGAAGAGCAAAGCAAGUCUCAUCCAAUAUCCGCCAGACUUGAUGUCUUGGAGUCAUUAAUUAAAGAUCAGAAAGACUUUAAUAAAACUUUGACUGCUCAGUCUAUUAUUUAUGAAAAAACCAUCACAGAAGCUGAAAAUCUGUUAGUAAAAACACAAGGGUCUGGGAAGGCAGCCUUACAGUUACAAAUAAACACAAUUAAGACCAAUUGGGACAGGCUUAAUAACCAGGUGAAGGAAAGAGAAGAGAAAGUAAAAGAUGCAUUGGAAAAAGCUCUCAAGUAUAAAGAGCAUGUAGAGACUCUCCAGCCAUGGCUAGACAGGUGUCAGAAUAAUGACCUGCAGGAAAUAACAUUUUCCUUGGAUCCUGCUGAAACAGAGGAUUCUGUUAGCAAAUUAAAGUCUCUGCAGAAGGAGAUGAACCACCACUUUGGGAUGGUAGAAGUGCUAAACAGCGCAGCCAAUAGCUUGCUCAGCAUCUGUGAGAUCGAUAGAGAGGUUGUUAAGGAUGAGAAUCAGUCACUGAUCCAAAAGGUAGACAUGGUCACUGAACAACUUCACAGUAAGAAACUCUCUCUUGAGAACAUGGCCCAGAAGUUUAAGGAAUUUCAAGAAGUUUCCAGAGAAGCUCAAAGGCAGCUUCAGUGUGCAAAGGAACAGCUGGAGGCCCAUAAUUCCUUAGGACCCCAGGCCUACAGUAAUAAAUAUCUGACCACAUUGCAGACUCAGCAGAAGUCACUUCAGACCUUGAAGCAUCAGGUCAGUUUGGCCAAAGGACUUGCACAGGACCUCGUGGUGGAAGCCUCAGACUCAAAGGGAAGCUCUGAUGUUCUCUUACAAGCUGAAACCUUAGCUCAAGAGCAGAGUGCCCUAUGCCAGCAGGUUGCUGACAAGUGUUCCUUUUUAGAAACCAAGCUUCAGGGCAUUGGGCAUUUCCAGAAUACCAUAAAAGAAAUGUUUCCUCAGUUUUCAGAGUUUAAUGAUGAACUGGAUGGCAUGGCCCCAGUGGAGAGAGAUACAGAAACUCUGCAGAAGCAAAGGGAGGCUAUUAAAGCCUUUCUGAAGAAACUGGAGGCCCUCAUAGUGAACAACGGCAAUGCCAAUAAAACCUGCAAGAUGAUGCUGGCCAUGGAAGAAGCCUUGCCUGACCUUGUUGGAAUCAAAAGGGACUUGGAGGCUUUAAGCAAACAAUGCAACAAGUUGCUGGACCGAGCCCAAGCCGGAGAAGAGCAUGUUGAAGAGACAAUUGAGCAUCUAGAAGAAUUCUACAGCAAACUGAAGGAAUUUUCUGCUUUGCUUCAGAAGGCUGAAGAUCUCAAGGUAUUCCAAGAAGAAGAGAUGGAGCCCUUGCAGGUUAAACAGCAAGAUGUCAACUGGCUAGGUCAAGGCCUUAUUCAGAGUGCUGCUAAAAACACCAGCACUCAGGCUUUGGAGCAUGACCUGGACGAAGUCAAUGCAUGGUGGAAGACUCUCAAUAAGAAGGUGGCUCAGUGAGCAGCACAGCUGCAGGAGGCCUUGCUGCACUGCGGAAGGUUCCAGGAUGCCCUGGAGUCCCUGCUCAGCUGGAUGGUGGACUCUGAGGAGCUCGUGGCCAAUCAGAAGCCCCCAUCAGCCAAGUUCAAAGUGGUGAAGGCCCAGAUACAGGAGCAAAAGCUUCUCCGAAGAUUGUUGGAUGACCGCAAAUCUGUUGUGGAGGUAAUCAAACGAGAAGGAAAAAAAAUUGCUGCAACAGCAGAACCUGCAGAUAAAGUGAAGAUUUUGAAACAGCUGAGUCUCUUGGAUACCAGAUGGGAGGCAUUGCUUAAUAAAGCUGAGAUAUGGAAUCGUCAGUUGGAAGGUAUCUCCGUGGUAGCACAGCAAUUUCAUGAAACCAUAGAACCACUGAAUGAGUGGUUUACAACCGGAGAAAAGAGGCUGGCAAAUUCUGAGCCCAUCGGAACCCAAGCACCUAAACUUGAGGAACAGAUCACCCAGCACAAAGCCUUAGAAGAUGAUAUCACCCAUCACAAUAAACAUUUACAUCAGGCUGUUAGCAUUGGCCAGUCCUUAAAGAUUUUGGGCUCCAGGGAGGAUAAAGAUAUGGUGCAGAAUAAAUUAGACUCCUCUCAAGUGUGGUACAUUAAGAUCCAAGAGAAAAGUCACAGCAGGUCUGAGCUUCUCCAGCAGGCCUUAUGUAAUGCUAAGAUUUUUGGCAAAGAUGAAGUUGAACUGAUAAACUGGCUGAACGAAGUGCAUGACAAACUGAGCAAACUCUUAGUCCAGGAUUACAGCACUGAGGGACUGUGGAAGCCACAGACGGAACUUUGGGUUCUACAAGAGGACAUCCUAUUCAGGAAACAAAUUGUAGAUUGGGCCUUACUAAAUGGUUUAGAACUACUUAAACAAACAACUGGUGAUGAAGUUUUAAUCAUUCAACAUAAAUUGGAAGCCAUUAAAGCAAGGUAUAAAGACAUUACUAAGCUGAGCACAGAUGUUGCCAAGACCCUGGACCAUGCGCUGCAGCUGGCACAGUGGCUGCACUCUACACGUGAGGAGCUCUGUACCUGGCUGGACAAAGUGCAGGUGGAAAUGCUUUCAUAUGAAAUUCAGGUCCUGCAGGGAGAAGUGGCAAGCCAAGCCCAAGCAAGACAACAAGAGCUGAAGAAGGAAGCCCAGAGCAACAAAGCCUUACUGAAUGCCCUUAAUGAAGUGACCAGUGCUUUACAAGAACUGGUGCCCUGGAGGGCCAGGGGAGGGCUUGAGAAAAUGGUGGCUGAGGACAAUGACCACUAGCAUCUGAUGAGAGACACCAUGACUCAGAAGGUGGAGGAGAUCGAUGCUGCCCUUCUGAGGUCACAGCAGUUCCAUGACAAGAUUGACCAGGUCCUGGAGAGCCUCAAAUGCAUCAUGGAGCUUUUGAGGCAGCUGCCUUCUAUCUCUGCUGAGGUGGAGAAGAUUAAGGAGCAGAUCCGUGAAAAUAAGAACGUGUCAGUAGACAUGGAGAACCUACAACCAUUGUAUGAAACUCUUAAACAGAGAGGAGAGGAAAUGAUUGCUCACUCUGGGGGCACUGACAAAGACGUAUCUGCCAAAGCUGUUCAGUAUAAGCUUGAGAGAAUGGUUUCCUUUUGGGAGAACACACACACACUGGUGGAAGUAAGGAAAGCCAAACUACUGGAUGUAAUGGAAUUAGCAGAGAAGUUCUGGUGUGAUCACAUGUCGCUGGUGGUUACCACUAAAGAUGCACAAGAUUUCAUGGGAAUGGAAGAUCCUGGCAUUAAUCCCUCAGUGAUAAAACAACAUCAAGAAACAGCAGAGUCCAAGAGGGAAGAAAUAGAUGGGCUGCAGGAAGAGCUGGAUAUAGUUAUCAACCUGGGUUAUGAACUCAUCACUGCAUGUGGGGAACCAGAUAAACCCAUUGUCAAGAAGAGUAUAGAUGAGUUACAUUCAGUGUAGGAUUCUCUAAAUAAAACUUGGAAAGACUGGGUGGAAAAACUCAAGGAGGCAAUGCAAGCUGCUGUUCAGUACCAGGAUGGCCUGCAGGCAAUAUUCGACUGGGUGGAUACUGCAGGGGGUAAAUUAGCUUCAAUGUCUCCAAUUGGAACAGAACUUGACUUCGUUGUUAAGCAGCAAAUUGAAGAGCUAAAGAACAAAUAAUUUAAGUCAGAGGCCUACCAACAACCAAUAGAAAUGGAAAGACUGAACCACCAAGCAGAGCUUCUGCUGAAGAAAGUAGCAGAAGAGAGUGACAAACACAUUGUUCAAAACCCAUUAAUGGAACUGAAAUCGAUAUGGGAUAGUCUGAAUGAGAGAAUUAUCAAUCAACAGCAUAAGCUGGGGGGUGCUCUGUUAGCACUGGGGAAGUUCCAGCAUGCUCUCGACGAACUGUUGGCCUGGCUGACUCACACCGAGGGCAUGCUGAGUGAACAGAAACCUGUAGAAGGAGACCCUAAAGCCAUCAAAAUUGAACUUGCCAAGCACCAUGUGCUUCAAAAUGAUGUAUUAUCCCAUUAGUCCACUGUGGAAGCUGUUAACAAAGCAGUAAAUGAUCUAAUUGAAUCAAGUGCAAGUGAAGAAGCAAACAACCUUCAGAACAAGCUGGAGGUUUUGAAUCAACACUGGCAAAAUGUUUUGGAAAAAACAGAGCAAAGGAAGCAGCAGCUGGAUGGUGGCUUGCGCCAGGCCAAACGCUUCCAUGGUGAAAUUGAGGGGUUGCAACAGUGGCUGACUGAAGAGUGUCAUCUGUUAGCAUCCAAGCCUCUGGGAGGUUUGCCAGAAACAGCCAGGGAGCAGCAUGCCCACAUGGAAAACUGUGCUGCCUUUGAUGAUAAAGAAGAACCAUAUAGAAGCCUCAUGCAGAAACACCAGCAGAUGCUUGCAAGAUGCCCCAAAUCUGCAGAGACAAAUAUUGACCAAGACAUAAAUAACUUGAAAGAAAAAUGGGAAUCUGUGGAAACCAAACUCAAUGAAAGAAAAACUGAACUGGAAGAGGCCCUCAACUUGGCAUUGGAGUUCCACAAUUCUCUCCAUGACUUUACCAACUGGCUUACCCAGGCUGAACAGACCCUAAAUGUAGCUUCUCAGCCAAGUCUUAUCUUGGACACAGUCUUAUUUGAAAUGGAUGAACAUAAGAUCUUCACAAGUAAAGUAAAUUCCCACCAUGAUCAGAUAAUAGAGCUGGACAAAACUGGAACCCACCUGAAGUAUUUCAGUCAGAAACAAGAUGUUGUCCUAAACAAAAAUCUACUGAUCAGUGUACAAAGUUGAUGGGAAAAAAUGGUUCAACGGUUGGUAGAAAGAGGAAGAUCCUUGGAUGAUGCAAGGAAGAGGGCCAAGGAGUUCCACGAAGCUUGGAGUAAACUUAUGGAGUGGCUGGAAGAGUCAGAAAACUCUUUGGAUUCUGAACUGGAAAUCACCAAUGAUCCAGACAAAAUAAAAAUACAACUUGCACAGCACAAGGAGUUUCAAAAAUCACUGGGAGCCAAGCAUUCUGUCUAUGACACCACCAACAGAACUGGAUGUUCUCUGAAGGAGAAAACCUCCCUGGCUGAUGACAGCCUGAAACUGGAUGACAUGCUGAGUGAACUCAGAGAGAAAUGGGACACCAUCUGUGGAAAAUCUGUGGAAAGACAAAACAAGUUGGAAGAAGCCCUGUUAUUCUCUGGACAAUUCACAGAUGCCCUGCAGGCCCUCAAUGACUGGUUGUAUAGAGUUGAACCCCAACUGGCAGAAGACCAGCCUGUCCAUGGAGACAUUAGUUUAGUGAUUAAUAAGGUCAAAAAUCACGAGGUCUUCCAAAAAGAGCUGGAGAAGAGGGCCAGCAGCGUGCAGGCCCUGGAGCGCUCGGCCUGAGAGCUCACAGAAGGCAGCCGAGACGACUCCUCCUGGGUCAAGGUCCAGAUGCAGGAGUUAAGCACACGCUGGGACACCGUGUGCACACUUUCUGUAUCAAAGUAAACACGGCUGGAGGCGGCUCUGCGUCAGGCGGAGGAGUUUAACUACGUGGUGUACCCCCUGCUGGAGUGGCUAUCAAACGCAGAGGAGACCCUCCUUUUCCAUGACGUUCUCCCAGAGGAUGAGGAUGGUCUUUGGACUCUCAUUGAUCAGCAUAAAGAAUUCAUGAAGAAACUGGAAGAAAAACAAGCAGAACUAAAUAAAGCUAGAAGCAUGGGAAACGCUCUGCUGGCCCUCUGCCCCCCUGACUGCAGCACCACCUUUAAGCACUGGAUAACACUCAUCUGGGCCAGGUUUGAGGAGGUGCAGGCGUGCGCCCAGCAGUAUCAGCAGAGGUUAGCUGGUGCCCUGGCUGGGAUCCUCACUAUGCAGGAACUGUUGGAAGCUCUGCUGGUGUGGCUGCAAUGGGCCAAAACCACACUGAGUGAUAAGGAUAAGGAAGUCAUCCCCCAGGAAACUGAAGAGGUGAAAGCCCUCAUUGCAGAGCACCAGACCUUCAUGGAGGAAAUGACCAGAGAACAACCCGAUGUGGAUAAAGUUACCAAGCCCUGUAAAAGGAGAGCAGCUGAUCCCUCCUCAUUACAGUCCUAUAUUCCGGCCUUGGAUAAGGGACAAGCAGGAAAUAAGCAGUGGUCAAUUUCUUCAAAAUAAAUAUGGUUAAGCAAGAAAAAGAAAAAAAAAAAGAA